UCUAUAAGAUGGUAAAAAGAAAGGGGGUUAGAGCUCCUCAGGCAAUAAUAUCGUUAAUUUCACAUGUGCCAGUUCUCUCACGACAAUGUGUGAUAUUAUUCCGGCACUGCUCCCUUAUCUAGACAUAUCUCUAGGUAUAUAUGAAUAUGUUUGUAUUAUUGGCGUUUCCACCGUGUUCCUUUUCAUAUCAUCACGUUGUUCACAUCGUUGACCUUUUCUUCACCGCUUAUCAUUCUUUAUGUCGUCAUUAUAUUCUUCAUUUUGCCCUCCCAUCAGGAAUCUCUUAUGACUAUAUCAGCAUAUCUAUAGAUAACGGUGCUACCCGUAGCUCAAAAUCACUCCCCAAGUGCCGAACCAAGUUUCCCAAGCCUCUUUAUCUCUAAGUCCUGUUGUUGGACAUCUAAUCGAAAUCGUAGAAAGGAAAUGAAAGGUGUGGUCUAGCUCAAGCAAUUCCGUGUUUCCAGAAUGUCUCCAUGUUGGCUUUCGUGUCCUCGUCCACGUACUCGUAAUGUGUGCGCAGCGUAACUUUUUCUCCGUGGAUCUCAGCAACAGCCCCGCUGAUUUUUGGGUCACCGACGAGUUGCGCGACGCCCUUAACAAGUGUGGAAUGGGGUGUUACAAUCAUCUCCUCAAAGAGAGCCUUUGACGGAGAGAUGCUAGUUUCUGCGUUUUGAAUUAGUUUGGUUCAUGAUGUUUUGACGGGGGUUACAUAAUUUAGGGGAGAAAUAGGGGGAGGGGAGCGGGAAGAAAUGUGGGACCACAUACCGAGUACGGCGGGGGCUAAAGAG